GAGUAUGGCAUUUUGUAGGGUACUUAGUCUUUAAUUCGUUAGCUUGUAAAGAUUAAGCAGAAUCCUAUAUUCAAUGAUAAAUUUUAGACAUCAAGCUAAUGAAGAAUGGAGCACAGCUAUAUAAAAGGCACAAUUUCUAUUUUAAAAUAUAAUUUACAAGCCAUGUGUUUACACAAGUAAUAUAACUUUACAUACAACAUAAGGUUUCAUGAAUGGCUGAGUAGGAAAAUUGGCUAGGAUAAGCUUUUGCUAGAAAAGCUUUGGAAGAAGUACAAUUCUGUUCGUUUUAGAUGGGAAGCAACGCAAGCAAGGCAGAGAAUGAAGUCACAUUCCUGCAUAGAAUCCGAAUACAUUACCCUAUAUCCCUGAGCAGCUCACCAGCGAGACCUCGACAUAGACCUAGUACAAGGACCCCAAGGUGAAUCGAUCAAACAACACUUCUGGCAUGGCAGCCAGUCCAAACAACAAAGGCUGAAUUAAAGCAGGUCAGCAAACUGACAGCCAGCGGAAUGCGCUCUAUUGGCAUUCUUGAGUUGCCAGAGUCACAACAACCUCACAAUGAGUGCCAACAAAAUCUUCCUGCGCUACUAUCCGCCAGGACUGGCUAUCAACUAUAGAACCACGAAGGGCAAUGAACGGCUGCGUCACUUCGAUCUGCUUGACCUAGAUUCAAAAACCAACAUAGAGCCCCUGGCUGACAGGAUCCUACUGCAAACGUUAGCCGAAGCGGAGGAGGAGCCAUCACCCACGGACUCGGAGAAGACCUCUCCACCUCGUCCUGUGAGCGGAAGUGUCGCCAGAUCGCAGAACACCUUUAGUGCUCUGAAACAGGCACUGGAAAAGCUGCAGAGAAAACUCCGAGAGCCGGUGAAGAAGAAGUUUUAUCUGCACAAGUGCCACAACUCGCACAUCCUUCCGCUGACCAACGUGUCCUUCGACCGGAGUGGCGAACGCUGCCUCACCGGCAGCUAUGACCGCACCUGCCACGUGAUCAACACCCAAACGGCCCAGGUGGAGCACAUCCUCACUGGCCACGACAACGUUGUCUUCUCGGUGGGAUUCAAUUUUCCUCAUUGGUUAGUUUAUCUGCACAGAGAUGGAUCUGGACAUUACCUGACAGCUUUUUCAAUUAUCUUCAGCGACAAGAUUGUCACUGGAUCCUUUGAUGGCACCGCUAAAGUUUGGUCCGCCACCAGCGGCCAGUCUCUGUGCACUUUCUAUGGACACACCGCCGAGCUGGUGGCCGCUGAGUUUCAUCCGGUGGAUGGAAAGUCUAUUGCCACUGCGUCCCUGGACGGAUCAGCCAGGAUCUACGAUGUGGAAACCUCCCAUGAGCUCCAGCACCUGACCCAUCACGGAGCCGAAGUGAUUGCUGCCCGCUUCAAUCGCGAUGGUCACAUGCUGCUCACCGGCUCAUUCGAUCAUACAGCAGCUAUUUGGGAUGUACGGAGCAAGAGUUUGGGGCAUCAGUUGCGUGGCCAUGACGCUGAGUUGUCCAACUGCGUGUGGAAUUUCAGUGGAUCUCUGAUUGCCACUGGCUCCCUGGACAACUCGGCAAGGAUCUGGGACAUUCGAAAGCUGGAUCAGGAACUUUAUCUGGCUGCCAGGCACACUGAAGAAGUGCUCGAUGUGAGCUUUGAUGCAGCGGGUCGACUUUUGGCCACCUGCAGCAGCGAUUGCACGGCCAGGGUGUGGAGGCUGGAAGGAUCCUCGGAGUUGGAGAUGUUCUCCCUAAUGGCAGGACAUUCGGAUGAGGUGUCCAAGGUGUGCUUCAGUCCCAGUGGCUGCAUGCUGCUCACAGCUUCAGCGGACAACACGGCUCGCCUGUGGCUCACGGAAUCCGGACAGUGCUCCCAAGUGCUGGCUGGGCAUGAGGGUGAGGUGUUCAGCUGCGCCUACAGCUACGCAGGAGACGCCAUCCUGACCGCCUCCAAGGAUAACACAUGUCGCUUCUGGAGAUGAUACGACUGGUAUACUGUGCAGCUGAACGAUGGAUCCAUGGACUGAUUAAAUGCUUCGGAGUGUGUAAGUUUUUUUUUUAUCAACAUUUACUACAAACUCAGCGUAAUUUUG